AUGCUACCAUUACAUGAAGGAACUACUACCGAGCACAUUAGUCCUGAGCCAUCCCUUCAGGAGCACAUCAGUCCUGAGCCAUCCCUUCAGGAGCACAUCAGUCCUGAGCCAUCCCUUCAGGAGCACAUCAGUCCUGAGCCAUCCCUUCAGGAGCACAUCAGUCCUGAGCCAUCCCUUCAGGAGCACAUCAGUCCUGAGCCAUCCCUUCAGGAGCACAUCAGUCCUGAGCCAUCCCUUCAGGAGCACAUCAGUCCUGAGCCAUCCCUUCAGGAGAACAUUAGUCCUGAGCCAUCCCUUCAGGAGCACAUCAGUCCUGAGCCAUCCCUUCAGGAGCACAUCAGUCCUGAGCCAUCCCUUCAGGAGCACAUCAGUCCUGAGCCAUCCCUUCAGGAGCACAUCAGUCCUGAGCCAUCCCUUCAGGAGCACAUCAGUCCUGAGCCAUCCCUUCAGGAGCACAUCAGUCCUGAGCCAUCCCUUCAGGAGCACAUCAGUCCUGAGCCAUCCCUUCAGGAGCACAUCAGUCCUGAGCCAUCCCUUCAGGAGCACAUCAGUCCUGAGCCAUCCCUUCAGGAGCACAUCAGUCCUGAGCCAUCCCUUCAGGAGCACAUCAGUCCUGAGCCAUCCCUUCAGGAGCACAUCAGUCCUGAGCCAUCCCUUCAGGAGCACAUCAGUCCUGAGCCAUCCCUUCAGGAGCACAUCAGUCCUGAGCCAUCCCUUCAGGAGCACAUCAGUCCUGAGCCAUCCCUUCAGGAGCACAUCAGUCCUGAGCCAUCCCUUCAGGAGCACAUCAGUCCUGAGCCAUCCCCCUUCAAGAGCACAUCAGCAGAGCAGCAGUUUUUUUGGCCUUCCACCCUCCAGCCACCAAGCAGUCAAGGCCGCCAUGGGCGCCUUGAGUUGGCGAGCACGACCUUGGGUGUUGUGCUAGGCCGCUUGCGUGCAGCUUCAACUUGCACUCCCCGCACCUCCCUGUGCGGUGCAGCACAGCUAGGCCUGGGAAUCAGAGUCGCUCCCUCCACGCACCUCACAUUCACUCUCUUGUUGCUCGGUUUCGGGAUGCGCGUCGGUGCUACAGAAUGUGCUGCCUUGAAGCGACCUGCUGAUGCCGUUGACGUGCGGGAAUGCGCUGCGCAUUCCGCCCACGCUGCACAUUUCGCCGACGCUACACAAUCCGCCGAUGCAGCAGAUUCCGCCGAUGCUGAGCAUUCCGCCGAUGCAGCAGAGUCCGCCGAUGCAGAAGAUUCCGCCGAUGCAGCAGAUUCCGCCGAUGCAGAAGAUUCCGCCGAUGCAGCAGAUUCCGCCGAUGCAGAAGAUUCUGCCGACACAGCAGAUUCCGCCGAUUCAGCAGGUUGCGCUGCUGCUGUGUCGUCGCGAGAGCAGGCGUCGUUGCAUUCGGCGCCGGCGUCAUCGCUUGAAACAGGGCUACGGCGCUACUAA